AUGUGUCACGCAGCUCUCAAGUAUCUUAAGAAAGGAGCGCCUGGAAGAGACUCAUCAAGCGGUCAGUUCGAUUAUUAACAGAAGCGCUACUUUGCACUACACAGCUUCUAGGUACCAAAUACAUGUAUCUGCAGCCAAGGUUGCAGUUGAUGCUACCACAAGAAACUUGGCAUUGGAGUGGGGAACUGACUAUGAUAUUAGAGUGAACAGGAUUGCUCCAGGUCCUAUUGGAGGUACACCGGGAAUGAGUUGUACCUGAGGAGAUUGAAAACAAAACCAGAGAGUACAUGCCUCUUUAUAAACUUGGAGAGAAGUGGGAUAUCGCAAUGGCUGCACUCUACUUGAGCUGUGAUUCUGGGAAAUAUGUGAGUGGACUAACACUGGUGGUAGAUGCAGAACUGUGUCUUAGCAAACCUCGCCAUUUGGCCAAAGAAGCGGUGAAACAACUCUCUCGUGCAGUGGCGAAGAAGUCUAGGGCCAAGCGAAUGAUUAUUACUAUGUUUUGGUGCAUAUUAUACAAAGAAUGUAGUAUUAAAACCAAAAACGUCUUUGGUGCUUUGCCAGAAGAAAAGUACAAGUCCCUUGACUCAAAAUCAGCAGAUGAUGCUUUAGAGAAAGAGGAUAAACUUCGGUCCGCUUUUGACCGGGUUCAAGCUUUGGAUGAAACGAUGGUUAAUCAAAAGGGUAUUCUUGCAUAUAUUGAGAAGAAAAAGAAGAAGAAGAGAAUGGCGACUAGCGCUUGCGUCCCAACCAUGAGUAUUACUUGGGUUAAGUCCCCAAGCAAUCCAAGAAGAAGGAGAGGUUCCAUGUUGGCGAAAGACGAUGGAAACAGUACCGUUUGGUUCGUUGUAUAUCCAGUGGAGAAAAGAGCCUAA